AUGAAUCUUCUAGGGAAAAAAAAAAUUUUCAAUUGCACGAGAGGCUUUCUUUUCUUAAAUGCAAAUAGAAGGAGCCACCACUUGGGGGGAAGAAGCAACAACAGAAAACGUUUCAGCCUCCGAAGCUGCAGCAGACGUUUCAGCCUGCGCAGAUACAGCACGAGGGGGGAGAUGGAGGAAGAGGCCUACGUUAGCUACUUGAACAAGUAUGUUGUAGACGAAAGGGAGUUGGCGCAGGCCGUGGGGGGAAUGCCAAAUGGGAAGGGAGGCGGGACACCAAAUGGGAAGGGAGGUGGGACACCAAAUGGGCAGCAAAGCGAAGUACCAAAGGGGCCGAAAGGCGAAGUAUCAAGUGAUCAGAGCGCCUCCCCCCACCCAGAGGGGACUCUCCAAAUCGAGGAGCUGAUAAAAAAAACCAUGAGGAAGGAAGAAGAAGAACUGUUCUCAUUCCUUCAGAAGGUAAACGAGGCGUACAAUCUACAAUGUACCCUGAGGGUGGUCGGGGGGUGGGUACGAGACAAAUUUCUUGGCAUCUCAAAUGAUGACAUUGAUCUUACAGUAGACAAUAUGAAAGGGUCAGACUUUUGUAACUAUAUAAAGAAGUACAUACAAGAAAAGGAGAAAAAGAACUUCAAUUUUGGCAUCAUUAAAAUUAACUCAGAUCAGUCCAAACACCUAGAAACGUCUAGCUUUCAUCUGUUUAAUUUCCAAGUGGAUAUUGUUAACCUGAGGAAUGAGAAGUACACAGAAGAGAGUCGAAUCCCGGAGAUUGUUAUUGGGACUCCAGAGGAAGAUGCACUGAGAAGAGAUUUCACUGUAAAUGCACUCUUCUACAAUUUGAGCAACAAUAGAGUGGAAGACUACACUAGAAGGGGUAUUCUCCAUUUAAAAAAUAAAGUCAUUUGCACCCCACUGGAUCCUUUGUCUACCUUCCUGGAUGACCCUCUUCGAAUAAUCAGGUGCAUUCGAUUUUGUGGCUUCUUUAACUUCUUCGUGGAGAAAUCCGUCUUUGACGUCUUAAAAAAUGAACACAUUAUGAAAUCUUUUAAAAAGAAAAUCUCCAGAAGUAGACUCUCUUCUGAAAUGAUGAAAAUAUUUUCCAAGAGGUGUGAAAAUAUCGUUCUUUCUUUGACCUUGUUAAAUUAUAGUUCCUAUGCGAAGGAGAUUUUUUCUCUACCGGGGGAGUACUUUGUACAGAAUGGGGAGGUUCUUGAAACAGAUCGGCGGAAGGGUGACAGGGUGAACAAGAAGGGGAACCUCCUCCAGGGGGACCUCCUCUCGGGGGACGCCAACGAAGCGACUAACAGCGAAGCGGCUAACAACGCUGCCACUAACAACGCUGCCACUAACAACGCUGCCACUAACAACGCUGCGAACGGUGCAGGCCCACCCAAUGGGGGCCUCGACUCAACUGGGGUGCAAAACGGAAAUGUCCGCUCCGCCAACGGGGGGAUCCAUCACGAGGAAGGCCACGCAGAGGGGACAUUUGUCAACGCCUCCCCCAGGGGUGACAACAAAAUGGGCAGCAUAACAAGCACGCUGGAAACAGGGGCGUACUCCCAACCGGGGGAAUUCUCCCCCCUCCAGACGAGUGGGGAUGAAAAAACAGACUGGUGUGUGGAAGGACUGCAAUACGUAAAAUUUUUUAAAGACAUCGAAAAGAACAACCUGUUGAGGGAAACCUUCCCCGGGAUGAAUUAUCAUGAAAAUGUGAACAAUGUACAGCUCUGCUUGUACCUCCUGCCGCUAAAAAAUCACCACGUGCAGAUAAAAAAAGGAGGAAAAAGUGAACCGGUCGUCUCCUUCAUAAUUAGGGAAUCCCUAAAAUUUCCACUCAAGCAUGGAAAAUUUUGUGUGCAGAUAUAUGAAGGGUUUAGCAGCCUGUACAAGCUGUACAAAAAUAUAGACGUUUUUAAUUUUUUAAAAAAUAGCACUUGUGAUGGGAAGAAGAAUGCACACAUCAUUGGGGACGUUGUGUUGUUCCUAAAAAGCGUUGGAGAGAAAUGGGACUUGCUGCUUUUAAUUUUUUUUAUCUUCCACAAAUAUAAGGAGGUGAAUAAAAUGUUCGUCACCACCAUCACCGCGGACGUGUACUUGUCCGACUUCGCCAAAAAGCUGUACCAGUUUAUUUUGGAAAAUAAAUUGCAGGCAGCUUAUAACGUCAAGCCGUUUCUCAAGUGGCCGGAUAUUCGGCACAACUUCCCGCAGCUCUCGCCCAACAGGAUCGGCGAGGUCUACGAGCAAAUUAUUCGGUUUUCCUGCAUCCACGGAGAGGACGAAGCGAAGUGUAUCGAGUUUUUAAAAAACCACUUCAAGAAGUAG